GCUCACAAAAAACUGCUCCGAACCAAACAAAGUUUUUGUAAUGUUUCCAUGAAGUUUGCAAGUUUCUGAACUUUUGGUCUUUUGAAUACUAAAAUUAAGUAUUGAUCUUGGCCGCUAUUGAUAUCAGAAAUUAUGUUUCAAAAUGUAUUUUUAAAAUUUUAAUGAAAUUCUGACGAACUAGAAUUGCAUUUGAAUGAACCGUGUGUUGAUAAUUCAUCUGAAAUCCAUUAUUCAGUUUAUUUUAUAACCAUCAAACGGUGCUGGAAAUAUGUUUCCAGCCAUUUCCGAUUUUCUUGCUAAAUUUACGAAUAUCUCCCAAUUCCAUUAGGAUCAAGAAUCACAAUUCAGAUCUAACUGUUCAACAAACUUCGUCUUCAUUAUAAUCACUUGAAGUGAGAACGUCUUACCAUGGAAAGCGUCUUGAAAGAUUUCAAGAACUACAUGUUGCUGGAAAACGGAAGUGUCGGUUGGGUUGAUAUCACGAGCGAAUUUUUCGACGCAGUUACAUUUCUGAAACUGGGAGAAUUAUUCCACGAUGAUUUAUUCGGAUUAUUCGAAGCGAUGUCCGCUAUUGAAAUGAUGGAUCCAAAAAUGGACGCAGGCAUGCUAUGCAAUCGCGGCGGAAAGCCUACGCUCAAUUUUGAACAAGCUCUAGCGGAAGGACGAGUAAAAUUAGAAGGUUUAACGCUGAAUGAACAAACGGUGAUAGUGGAUCGAACUUUAUCGUGUUUUGUUUCUUGGUUGGAAGGACAUUCGUUAGCACAAACUGUAUUCACAAAUUUAUAUAUGCAUAAACCUUAUUUGAUAGAAUGUCGGCCUUUGAAAGCAUUUUGUAUAUGCAUGUACAAAAUAAUCGAUAUCAUUCGUGAUUUUGUAAGCCGAGGGAUGGUUUUCGAAGAGGAAGAUUUUCAGCUUGCCAUGUACGGUUAUAGACUGAAUCCAGAAAUUAGUGAACAAAGAACGUGUGGAUUGCUCAGAGAUGUUGAAGCUGAACUGAAUGAGAUGAUUCAUUCGAAGUCAAAUGUUCCUAGUCAAGAAAUUGAAUGGGCCAUUGCAUUGAAUGCUAGAAUCCGAUUUAUGCGACUGUUUUACCAAUUAUUUUUAGCUUUGAAAAAAGACUCGAUUCAAAUUAGCGACGGUAUCGGAGAAUGUUAUAAUCUUCUAACUACCUGUAUCGAAGUACUACCUACGUUAUUGAAAACCACCUCGAAUUUCGAUAGUAAUUCGAAUAAUUCGACUACCGAUGGUGGAGGAUGGUCUGAAUUAGGAUUCGAUGCUACGAUCAAUCAACGUUUAUUACCGCCUACUUUUCCUCGUUACACGAAAAUCAAAAGCAAUGUUGAUUCGUUUCAUUAUUUCGAACAAUUGCUGUUUCGGUUAAAACAAGUUUUGAGAAUAACUACCUAUACGUCAUUUCACGAUGCUUUGAAUUAUUUUAUCGAACUUAGUCGUACAAAUCCUUGUAUUGUUUCGAGAUCGGUUAUGCAAGUGUUAUACAUGCCUGAAAAUGGCAAAGUACUUGGAACGACAAAUAUAAUCGACGUGCUACGAGAAACUGCCAAAAAUUUCAUUUGCCCUCCAGUUUUAUCUGUUCGUUCGUUGAUAAUGAAUAAAGAUGAGGCCAAAGAAAACGUGGAAGCGUUUUUCAGUCACUGUGUACGUCCGUUUACGCUUUUCAUUCAGUUAUGUGGUCAUAAUCGAGCUCGUCAACGAGAUAAACUUUCUCACUUACUGGAAGACUACGCUGCGCUUCAAGAUGAGGCUGAACGAGUAGAUGUGUAUUUACAUAAUAUUUCAAUCACCAUGGAACCUCCUAGACCGCAUUUAGCAUGUUUUGGAACGUGGAUUUUGUACUACGUUCUGAAAAUAAUGAUCAUGUAUUUAUUAUCUGGUUUCGAAUUGGAAUUGUAUAGUUCGCACGAGUAUACUUAUAUAUUUUGGUACUUACACGAGUUCCUAUAUGGCUGGUUAAUCUCUGCGUUGACACGGGCGGAAAAUAUGUCAUUAAGUCAAGAAUUUGCCAACGAAAACAUGAAGCAUAGAGCUGGUGGCAAUAAUCGUCGUAAUAAAGUCAAUAAGAAGAAAAAAAUACGUUCAAAUAGUGGCGAAAUUGCUAUUUGUCAAGCGUUGCAGAAUAUUUGCGGAGCUUAUUAUAAAGCAAUGAUUGGUUUUCAACUAGAGAAUAAAAUUCGUCCGCCGUAUUACGAAUUCGAUAACGAAAAAGUACGCUACGAUCAUCGAUUCUCAGCUUUCAAUGUGUUGCUCACACCUCCUCUAGUACAAUAUUCGGAAUUCUACGAAAUGACCAAUCGUCUUAAGGAAACUGGCAUAGAUUCGUUGUAUUUCUCCGCUAGCAAAUUAUAUCACCAAGCUAGGACGGUUUUGGAAUCGAUUACGAAUCCAGAUAAUGAAGUUAAUGCUCUAUUGAAAGUAGUCAAAACUAAUUUCGUAGUUUUGAAGGUGCUAGCCAGUGGUCAUAAACGAGGCCACGAGCAUACGUUGGAUUUCGAUUUCUCGUCUCAUCACUACUUUCCUAUCUUUAAAUUGAAUCACAGGGUUUCCAAUUAAACAGUUGUUUUUUGUAGUUCUAAAACUAAUUGUGUUUUAUUAACAUGGUAAUUUUUUGUUGUUGUUAUUAUUAUAUUAUUUAAUGGUGUUCUGAAUAUUAAAAGACUCGCGGGCGGUGUCAAAUUUAGUUCGAAAUUGUCAAGUCAUUCGAUAAAAUACGCGUAGAUUUUCUCGUUGAAACGUUGAUCUUUUUUUCAUUAUUAUUUCAUUUUCGAUUUUUUUUUUUUUAUAUUGUCGAUUCAAUUUUUAAUACGAGUAAUUUAAGAUAUACUUCAACAUUUAUUAGGAACAUGUCGAAUGGAAAAUAUUCGCAUUACCGCAACUGUGGGGUAAAUAAGGUGCAAAUGCAUUUUCGCCAAAGACAAAUUGGUCGGUUUAAUAAUCUCAUCGAGAGUAUUUUUUUCCACUGAUAUCGUUUCAAUUCAACUGAACUUUUUUUACGACCAUUACCAUUUUCUUCAAGUUGAAUUCGACCGCUAUUCAUAAGUAUGAAAUAACUAAACAAAUAAACUCUUUUUUUCAUGCGGUA